AUGAUUAUUCCUAUUAGAUGUUUUACUUGUGGAAAGGUAGUGGGUCAUUUAUGGAGUGAUUAUGUGCAAUUGCUCUAGGAUGGUGUAACAACUGGAGAGGCUUUGGAUCGAUUGGGUUUAGAGAGAUAUUGCUGCAGGAGAAUGAUACUAACACAUGUAGAUCUAAUAGACAAAUUGCUAAAUUAUAAUAUUUACAAAACACUGUGAGGUUCUGAAUUUUAUAUAUAAAAUUUUAGUUCAUUAUUUAUAUAUAUAUAUUCCUUUAAUUAUUUAUCUAAUUUGA